AUGGCCAGUGCAAGCACCUCAGGACAAAACCCCUUUGGGCUGGGUAGGAGAAAGAGGGCCCCUGGUAUCCUGGAUCAAAUUGGCAAGUUCUUCGGAGGAGAUAAGAAGAGAAGAGGCAAGGGAUCCUUCAGGGGUCAUCUUGCCUCCUCACCCCAGAAGCCUCUGCACUCCUCCACUCGGCGCCGUGGUGAUGACAAUGCUGUGGUACAUUUUUUCCGGAGCUUUGUGUCCUCUCCUCGUCCCAAGUCAAGGUGGAGGGAACUCUUUGGCUUGGGAGAGGCAAAGUCGCGUACGUCAGAGAGCAUCAGAUCUCCAAACAGACGUCGCAGAGAACAGAACACACUCUCCAGAAUCUUCAACUUGGGAGAGAGUCGAGCUCGCUCACCCCCAAAACGCUGGAGCACCAUCUUCUGA